CCUGCAGCAGAAGGUGGAGCUGCUGCUGCAGCACGGGACUCAGGUGGGGCUGCUGCCGCUGAGGGGCCCCCUCCUGGGGCCCCUCCCUUGAGGAAGGGCCCCCGUAAGGGACUGGGGGCCUCCCCCUUGAGGCCCCCUGAAGAGGCCCCAGCAGCAGCAGCAGCAGAAGGAGAAGCAGCAGCAACAGCAGCAGCAACGGAGGGGCCCCUGGGGGCCCCCCGGGUGAAGGCAGAGCGCAAGCGGCGGCUGCCGAGGUCUGGAGAGCGUCCGCCCAAGCGGGGGCCGCUUGCUGCUGCUGGCCGGGGCCCCCGAGCAGCAGCAGCAGAAGCAGCAGCAGCAGCAGCAGCAGCGGAGGAGUCUGGGGGUUCUUCGGCUGCGUGCUCGGAGUCUGAGGGGGAGUGCGGGUCCUUUGCAUGCAAGGAGCAGCUGCUGGUGGCAGCAGCAGCAGCAGCAGCAGCAAUUCCGUCUCGGAGCGCAGCGGAGCUGCUGCGUGCGCCGGUGCUGCCGCUGCGCAUCGAAGGCAUUUUCGCCCGCGCGAGCCACGGCCCGGAAGUUCAACUUGCAAAUUUCGGCGAUUUCGCCGCGGAAAAAGCUGCUCGGGCCGAGAAAGCUACGAGAAAGCUCAAAUUUCAAGAAGAAUUCUGA